ACGACAACACCGCUUUGACCGAAGCGCGCGAAAACUAACAUAAAAGGACAAGUUUUUUUAAAAUAUUUUUUUUUAAUCAUCAAAAUUCAUUAUAAUCAGAAAGAAAUGUAAUAUAGUCGAUAUGUUAUACCAUAUGUUUGUUUGUUUGUUGUCGCUGUAUCCCGUGAGAUCUGAUCUGUACGUACCAUAUCAUAGUAUGCACGAUGGACGAGAGACCGCGAACAGUUAUGAUGGUGAGUGGAUCGUUGAAGUGGUAGGUGGUGAGGAGGUGGCGCAGUUGGUGGCGCUGGAACACGGAUAUAAAUACGAAGGACCGGUGCUGGGUUUGGCAAACAUGUACGCGUUCCACGCACACGAGCGCAAGGAGCGUCGCACCCCGAGCAAGCACACAUCCACACUGCGCAAGGACAGGAGGAUUCGAUGGGCGGAACAACUCUUUGCAAAAAGUCGCGUGAAGCGAUAUCCGUACCCUGACCUCGACGGCACAUUAAAACGAGUAAAAAGAAUAGAUGAAUACACCAGGGAUGCAGACUUUACGAGGAGUUCGACCGUGGAACACGGACGGAGGGAGGUCUUCAAUGACGAGCUCUGGGCCUACGAAUGGUAUUUGCAAGACACUCGUGACAAUCCAAACGUACCUCGCCUGGACCUCAAUGUGUUAUCGGUGUAUAAUAUGGGCUACAACGGACGUGGUGUUCGCGUGUCUAUACUCGACGACGGAGUCGAACACAAUCACACGGACUUACAGAACAACUACGAUCCGGAAAUCAGUUGGGAUUGCAAUGAUGGAGACUCGGAUCCAUAUCCGAGGCAUGACGAUAAAAACCGGAAUUCUCACGGCACGAGAUGUGCCGGUGAGAUAGCGAUGACGGCUAACAAUAAGAAGUGCGGAGUGGGCGUGGCCUGGGGCGCCAAAGUGGGUGGAGUCAGAAUGCUCGAUGGACGAAUCACAGAUCAUGUUGAAGGCGAAGCAAUAGGAUUCGCGUGGGACAAAGUGGACAUAUACAGCGCUUCUUGGGGCCCCAACGAUGACGGAGAGACCGUGGAGGGUCCAGGGCGACUCGCCAUGGAGGCCUUCAAGAGAGGAGUGCAAAUGGGACGGAACGGUAAAGGGAAUAUAUUCGUGUGGGCCAACGGCAAUGGUGGAACACACGACGAUAACUGUAACUGCGACGGCUACUCUUCCAGUAUGUACACGAUAUCUAUUGCUAGCGCUUCCCAACAAGGCCUGUUUCCUUGGUACGGAGAGAUCUGCUCCUCGACUCUAGCAACCGCAUACUCCUCUGGUGCUUACAGAGAUCAGAAAAUUGCCACUACAGACGUAAACGACUCGUGUACACUUGGGCACACGGGCACCUCUGCAGCGGCGCCAUUGGCGGCCGGUAUUAUUGCUUUAAUGCUAGAUGCCAACCCAAAUUUAACUUGGAGAGAUGUCCAACAUCUGAUUGUAUGGACUUCGGAAUAUACACCGCUAUCUGAUAAUCCCGGUUGGCAAGUCAACGGCGCGGGUCUUUAUUUCGACGUACGUUUCGGCUUUGGUCUUUUGAACGCCGGAUCUCUUGUCAACGCCGCACUCAACUGGACUACAGUACCAAGUGCAGUAUCGUGUAGAAUCGAUGCUUCUCCGAUCAAAGGCAAAGUCGCCAUCUCAGCAAUGGAAACUGUAGAUAUAACAGUAAAAGUAUCGGACUGUGAAGUAAAUUACUUAGAACACGUCGAACUGUAUGUUAAUAUCGAGUAUACGCGAAGAGGUGCUUUGGAAAUACACCUAAUUUCACCUCAAGGUACGAUGGUUCAACUACUGAGUCCUCGUCCGAGAGAUACGUCCAAGGUCGGCUUUGUUAACUGGCCUUUAACCUCAGUAGCGACGUGGGGAGAGAGAGCUAAUGGACUUUGGAGGGUCAUCGUACAAGACAAGGGGAAUAAAUGGAACACGGGUUAUGUCGGUGAACUGGUUCUCAUAGUCCACGGUACAAAAGAAAUGCCCGCUCACAUGAGGAGUGGUCCGAGGAGAUACGACGACACCUUCAGCCGGUACGAGAUCGAGUCGUAUGAGGAUGAGCCGGCGGUACCAGGAGACCAUGAGCACGGAGGAGUCGCCAGCGCGCUACUGGACCAGGCGGACACCGAGCUACAGAGGAACUACCACAGCAGGGGGCAGCAGGCUGGCGAGCAACACCGCGAUUGAAACACUACCGACAGAUUUAACCUUCUGUGCGAGUCUGAGAGCUUGGUAGUUUUUUUUAUUAUAUAUUUUUUGUGCUCUUUUUUAUUUAUUUUACAAAAUUUUUUGGUCGGACAUAUCUUGCAAAUUGGAUGGUAGAAAAAACAAAUU